ACGCAUUCACCGUCGGAUCCUCAGACCACCCCCUUAAAUACCCAAAACCCAACCCUAACCCUAGUCUUUGCAUCGUCCUCAUCGUCGCCGGAGACCAAUCGAGCAAUCACCACCACCCACAAUCACAAAUGGGUAAGGUUCAUGGAUCGCUGGCUCGUGCCGGUAAGGUGAGAGGGCAAACCCCAAAAGUCGCCAAACAAGAUAAGAAGAAGAAGCCCAGAGGCCGGGCGCACAAGCGGAUGCAGUACAACCGCCGUUUCGUCACCGCCGGUAAUGUUAUCUCUCUAUGCUCAUAUGACCUCCAUUGUUUCAUUGAUCAAUUUUGCUUGCAAAUUUCCUAUUCUGAUUGGCUUGAAAAUGUGUUCCGAGCUUGUUUUUUUUCGCUUGAUGGCCAAAUUACAAAGAAAAAUUUGCUUUCAUGGACCUGUUUCACAGUGGAAAUUAGAACUGUAACCAACAAUCGAUAUGAAAAGCAUGUUUUUGAAAAUGGUUUUUAAGAAAUUUUCUGUAAUGGGUUGCAUGGAAUAUCGUUUUUAUUGGAUUUCAAAGGAUGCAAACACCUUAACAAUUCCUUUGAGGCUUGCAUUCCAAACAGACCUUAAGGAUUUUCGAUGAUUUAAUUUGUUUAUGUUUUCAGUCUGAGGCCAUGGAUUGUUUGGUGAUGAAGAGGUUUGAUUCUAAUCCUAGUAAUUUGUUCUACAGUGGUCGGAUUCGGGAAGAAGAGAGGGCCCAACUCAUCCGAAAAGUAAUUCUAGAAUGUAAGAAGUUUUUGUGGGUGGAGGCCAUUUAGUUUGGCCUCCCUCAAGCUCUUUGUUUUUCGUUCUACUUUUGCUUCUUUGAUUCAAGAACAAUGUGUUAGGUUUAGUUUGGCAUUUUCAUAAUUGGAUGUGUUGAUUUGAAUUUUCAGUUUACUGGGAAAUGGCAUUCUUUCCCAACAAGAACACUAUCUUGUUUAGUGGUA